CCCGCACAUCUUCGCUCCCACGUACGACUACAACUUCAUAUCGGAGCACACGCGUGGUCUCGCUGGAAACUUCCGAUCCGGAUUGAAGUCGUGCUUAGGCGCGCAACACCGCCAAGAUGGCAUCAACCCAGAAGCAGGGCAAGAUGCAAAUCAGAUCAACUACCGAAUGCGCGCAACGACGAAUGAUGGACGGCAGCUAGUUGGACAAAUGCUUGCUUUCGACAAGCACAUGAACCUCGUCCUCGCCGAUUGCGAAGAAUUCCGGAAGGUCAAGAGGAAGACCAAGCAAGGCGGCGCCCCAGGCGCGUCAACAGGCGCACAAACGAUCGAAUCCGAAGAGAAACGUUCUCUCGGCUUGGCCAUUGUACGAGGCGCCAACAUCGUGUCCUGCUCGGUCGACGGACCACCUCCCGCCGAUCCUUCUGCGCGACUCGGACAGAGCGCACCCGGUGGAGGACCAGCUGCAGGAGUUGUACAGGCAGGCCCAGGAAUCGCGAAGCCUGCAGGCAGAGGAGCGGGUAUUGGAUUGCAGGGACCUGCGGCGGGUGUUGGUGGGCCAGGUUUCCCUGGUGCUGGAUUCGGUCCUCCAGGUGGAUUUCCUGGCCGAGGCGGUCCUGGAUUCGCACCACCUGCUGGCUUCCCACCGGGAGGACCUCCAGGCUUUGCGCCACCUGGGUUUCAACCUCCGCCGGGUGGUAGAGGUUUCCCUCCUGGACCAGGCGGCUUUGGCAGGUAGAAGGUGGAGAAUGGAAGAAAGAUUGGAGAAGACAUUGAGACAUGACACGAUGAAGCCCUGGGUCUACUUUUCGCGUCGCAUUCGAGGCUGCUGAAGUAUUGGACUAGAGCACGCCUCUGGUCAGCCAUGGCAGUAGACCAAUGCACCACAAACACUAGCAGCCGGCCGAGAGCAGUCAGGAGGUCGAAUUCGAGCUAAAUUGCUGCUGCGGUCCUCGAGAGAAAUCUGGCAUCAGGGGCAGAAUUGACGACGAGCUAGGUAUAGUAUGACACUGCAAUGCAAGGACCUCGCAGCGCUUCACCUGAUAACUCGUACUGCUAAUCAAUCACUGUUCUACUGAC